UUCAAAAAUUGAAAGAGAGAAAGAAUAGUUGAAAAUUGGAACCCCCUGCAGGUUUAAGGAUCACUCACACUCCAUCAAUCUUCAGAAUAUUGGAGGCUUGCUGUAUCUUAAACAUUUCUACAUUCAGUGCGUCCCCAAUCUGGUUGGACAUAAAGAUCUGCUGUACGAAGCUUCAUAUCCAUAAAAUAGAGGUAGUAUAAACAUGAAGCGCAAGCGUGGAAAGAAGGGAAAAUCAAAAAAGGCCCCUAAGGUGGGCAUAACAGAGACCGAUCCAAACAUUGUGAAUUUAAGUGCUGAAGAUGUAUCUGGUCCGGAUGAUGUUGAGAAAGAUGAGACAAACUCGAGAAUGGAUAUUGAAACUCCAUCGUCAACAGGAACUGAUCAACCAGAAAAACCUGCAGCUGUUAGUUCAACUGGAGCAAUUGAUAAGCCAGUAGGGAGAUUGGUUUAUAAUCGUGUCAAAGUCAAGAUCAAACCUUCAAAAGCAUUAGAAACCCAGCUCACUUCUUCAGAUGCACAUACACACAGUGAUACUGAUAAGAGUAGCCAGCAAAUAGGUCUUGAAAAACAAGUAGUUAGUGACAAAGUAGAAGACAGUGCCAACUCAGUGCCUGAUAGCAAUGUAGGUGUUUCAGCGACUCAUGCAAAAAAGGCUGGGAGCAUAAAAAUAAAAUCAUCAAAGGAUUUUACCUCAAGUUUGAGUCCUUGUAAUAAUGCUGGAGUGGCCCAGGCAGAGAGAUCACACCAGAAAGAGCCCGAGUCACUUUCUCGAGAUUCUGUAUACAACAAGCAAGAACUGCAUGCUUCCCUUGAGGUGGUUAAGAAGAUUAUGAAAAUGGAUGCAGCAGAGCCUUUUAAUGUUCCAGUGAACCCUGUUGCUCUGGGAAUACCUGAUUAUUUUGAUGUUAUCAAAACACCUAUGGAUUUCGGCACCAUAUGCAGCAACCUUGAAAAUGGCCUUAAGUAUAUGAAUUCGGAGGACGUGUACAAGGAUGUGCAGUAUAUAUGGGAGAAUUGCUACAAGUACAAUAAUAAAGGCGAUUACAUCUUGGAGCUCAUGAAACGUGUGAAAAAGAAUUUUGCAAAGUACUGGACUGCUGCAGGGUUGUAUAAUGAACAGCAAGGUCACAGUGGUGACGUGAAGGAUGGCAACAUAUCCAGUCAUGGGAAGACCAGCAAGGGUGGGCACCUAAAACAUAAGUCACGAAAGCGUCAUGGAGUCAAGCGCCACAAGGAUGAUUGUCUAUGUGCUAUUUGUAUCAUGAUGCGGCGCAGGCAGGAGCGUGAGCAGAUUAUGCAUCCUGCUGAUGAUCAGACAGAAACAAGUGAUGGUCUGGUCUACGAGGUCAAGACUGAGGGAACUUCAGUGGUGGGGAGCCCUAACGGCGAUGAUACAUCAUCGAGUACAGACAAUUCACAAAAUCAAGAUGCAGAUGCUGAGAUGGAAGAUAAAGGAGAGGAAGUGAAGCUGGAGAAGGAGAUACAUAACAGUUAUCAGAGUAAGCAACAAGCAGAAAAGGAGAAAGAGACACCAUGCCAAACCAACAAAGAAAGUGCGAUAGCUGAACAAUCUCAGCUACCUGGUAAAUCUGGAGGCGUACAAAUGGCUGAAGCAGGCGAUGCAACCAAGGAUGAUGCAAAUAAUGAAGAACAAUUGAUGCAGCACGAGGAUGAAACUGCAGUUGUUGAACAUCAGAAGCCUAAGGAAUUGGCAGAUGCAAGUGAGAAGGCCAAAUUGUACGAGAACCUUCACCAGCGUUAUGAGAACCCGAUGGUUUUGGAGUUAUGUGCCUCCUUAUUUCCUGAAAAUCCAAAAUCCUUGUGGAGAAGACCUCAUUCAUUGGUUCACCAUCACCAUCAUGGUUCUUCGCGCAGCAACUCAAUUGGUGCUGCAAUUUCAUCAUUCAUCAAGUAGUAUUAGCACUAAUAGAUUGAUGGCUGGCUGCGUCUGGAGACAAACGGUCGAUGCUUCAUCGACUUUGGUAUUAGAAGCCAGUGUAAUUGGCGAGUUAUUAAGCUUGUGUUGAAGUUUGAAAUCCUAUGUUCAUAUAGAGUUUUCAAUAUCUUGAAAACGACGUAUUUGUUCAAGCAGAAUGUUGUUUACAAGUAGAUGUUUUUAUAUCUUUCAAGGA